AUGCUGCAAGCGUUCACUGAAGAACUUGUUAGAAGACGUGCAGAACAUAACAACUGUGAAAUUUUUUCACUGGAAGAAAUCUCUUUACAUCAGCAUGAAAUAGAAAAACUAGAGUAUCUUGACAAAUGGUGUCGAGAUUUAAAAAUUCUCUAUCUUCAGAAUAAUCUAAUUCCAAAACUUGAAAAUGUGGGCAAACUAAAGAAGCUGGAAUAUUUAAAUGUAGCUUUGAACAACAUUGAAAGAAUUGAAAAUCUGGAAGGCUGUGAAGAACUGAAGAAACUUGACCUGACAGCAAAUUUCAUUGGUGAACUCUCCAGUAUUGAAGCCCUAAAAUAUAAUAUACAUCUGAAAGAACUGUUUCUAGUGGGUAACCCAUGUACUGAAUUUGAAGGUUAUAGACAAUUUGUGGUGGCAACUCUUCAUCAAUUAAAAUGUUUGGAUAGUAAAGAAAUAGAACGUUCAGAGAGGAUUCAAGCACUUCAAAACUAUUCAGAAGUGAAACAGAAAAUCAGAGAACAGGAACAAGCUUACCUUCUCAAAAGGGCCAGAGAAAAAGAAGAAGCUCAAAGAAGGAUGCAAGAAAGAAAGGACAAGAAACAAAAACAAAUGGAAUCUAAGCUUGGUUUUGACAGCUCAGACUCCCUACAGAACAAAGAAAACCAUCAGGCAGAAGGAGACAGAGAACAAGGAACGUGGAGAACAGUUGAAGAUGAUGAAGAAGACAGAAGAUUUUGGGAGGAGCCUACACCAUAUACUCCAGAAUCUAGAUUAGAAACUCACAGAUAUAUUGAAGAAAAACGGAGAGCUAAAGACAAUAUAAGGGAAUCAAAAAAGAGAGAGAAGCCUCUUCAGACAUUGGUCACUGCAGAAGGAAAAGUUCUGAAUGUGAAUGGGCCUAAGCUUCAUUUCUCUUUGAAAGAUGAUGAAGAAAACAACCAGAUCAUCUUGGAUCUUGCUGUUUACAGACAUUUGGACACUUCUCUGCUUGAUGUUGAUGUCCAGCCAACUUACAUACGAGUACUGGUGAAGGGUAAGCCAUUUCAGCUUGUGCUCCCUGAGGAAGUGAAGCCAGACAGCAGCUCUGCUAAAAGAUCACAAACAACUGGUCAUUUAGUUGUCAGCAUGCCAAAGGCUAAAGAAAUAAUCCUGGCUAAGCAAAAAGUAUCAACUUCAAUUAAAGAGUCUGACUGCAAUACACUGCAAAAAAAUGCAAGAAGCGUACAAGUUGAGAAAUUAGAAGUGGAUCCCAGUAAAUAUUCAUUCCCUGAUGUUACAAAGAUAAUCCAAAAAAAGGAACGAAUUGGACAGGGACCUAUUAGGCUACAACCGGAGAAGAUUACAGAAACUAAGAAGAGUUAUGUUGAUUUUGAAAAUAAUGAAGAUGUUCCUCCCUUAAUUUGAAACGUUCUUAAAUAGUCCCUCUAUAUGUGGCAUUUAUGCCUGAGUUGUUUUCAUGACCCCAUGUGUAAAGUAAGUAUAAUAUAGUUGAAGUUGGAAAUAUUAUUACAGAUCUUAUCAUAAACUUUGAUAUGCCUCUGU